AUGCAGGCAUCACCGUCCAAAGCCCGCGCGCAGGCACUCGCGUCGCACUCCUGGUCAAUUGUGAGCGGGUGGCUCGCGAGGCUGUACCAUCCGUCGCCCGUGCCGGCAUUUGAACGCAACGCUGCGACGCUCCAGGCCUUGCAGAGUCUUAUGGCGGAGAACAUUGCCGCGGAUCGAGUACGGGAAUUACUGUUUGAGGCAAAGGUGGAGGAAUUGGAGGCAGCGGAGAAGGAGGAGGAACGACGAACGACGGGCAUCGGGAGUCAUCACGACGCGAUCGCAAUCAUGUCCUUGCUCGAGACGUCGCUGGCGCCGGCCGCGACGGCGGCGCUGGAGUCUCUCGCCAGCUCGGUCGUCGUUUUAGGGCGCGCCUCUCCGUCGACGUCGACAAGCGCCAGUGUCGUUGGAGAUCUGCCCUCUCGGAUCGUCAACAUCCCUCGCCAGACCUUCGCCCAGGAAUCCCAACUCUCAGCGAUCGAAACCCUCACAGCGGAUCUACAGACCCAAGUCACUCGGACAAAACGAGACCUGGCCGCCUUCUUCCCCGAAAGGACACCUCCCACUUCAGCCCGUGCGCAGGACGACGACCCGACCUCACCGAGCACGCCGUCUUCAUCACCGACCCAACAGCACCUCCGCACGACGACGAGGACGACGGAUUCCUCACACCUCCAUAGCCUGACGCUCCAGCACCAGCGCGAGACGAAACAACUCACCCUCAAAUCCGCCGAGUACCGAUCCCGCAUCGACGCGCUCGAGAACCACCUCGCCGCACUCACUCGUUCCGGCUCCCACUCCAGUCCUUCAUCGACCGACCCCACCGUCCUCGCAGCGAAACAGCGCUCGCUGGCCGCCAAGAAGAAGAAGCUCGACGCGCUGCACGACCGCAUUCGACAGUUCCACGGCCUGCCGCCCGACAUCGAGGUGUCGCGCGCCGAGGUGCGCCGGGCCGAGGGGGCCCUGGACCGGCUGAGGAGACGGAGGGACGACUUGUUUGAGGCGUUGUAG